AUGCCAAUCACCGUGAAAAUAAAAAACGCCGGCAAGAUCUACGACAUCGAGGUCGUCGACAACGCCACCGGCGCCGAAUUCAAACAAAAAAUCUUCGAACAGACGCAAAUCCCGCCCCACAGACAAAAGGUCGUCAUGAAGGGUGGCAAAUUGACCGACGACGCCACGAUGUCCUCGUUCAAAAUCAAUCCGAAGAUUCCCGUGAUGGUGUUGGGCACUCCCGAAGAAGGAGCGGUUUCGGCGGUGCCCCGUCCUGUGUUCAUUGAGGACUUGAAUCAGGAUUCACUCACGCAGGUUUCCCACGAACCGUCGGGAUUGUUGAACUUGGGAAACACCUGUUAUCUCAAUUCGUCGUUGCAAGCGUUGUAUCAGAUCAAGGAUCUUUCUCUGAAGGUCGGCGAGGCCAAACAGUCGCAGGAUUCGUUGGUGAGAGCCAUGAGUAAUGUGUUCGGAAACAUGGACCAGAAACAGGAGAACAUCAACCCGGCAAUGUUGCUUCUCCAGCUUAGAAAUAGGUUUCCGCAAUUUGCUGAACAGUCACACGGGAUGUAUCUGCAGCAAGAUGCCGAGGAGGCUUACUCGCAGUUGCUUCGAGUAUUGACUGAAGAGCUCCAAGUGGGCGAGUUGUUUACUGUAGGAUACAAGACCAAAACCAAAUGUUUGGCUGCGCCAGAGGAAGAGGUGAAAGAAGGCUCCGAGGAGGCGCUCAAGUUGAACUGCCACAUUGACAUCAGCACCAACUUCUUGCGUGACGGCCUCUUGAACAGCAUGAAGGAUACUUUCGAGAAGCACAACGACACAUUGGGCGGCAAUGCCACCUAUGAAACCACACGCACAAUCACUCGCUUGCCCAAAUACUUGACGGUACACUUCAUGCGUUUCUUCUGGCGUGACGACACCAAGUUGAAGUCCAAGAUCUUGCGUAAGGUGCAGUUUCCGUUCGAGUUGGACUUGGCCGAGAUGCUCGACGAGUCCAUCAAAAAGGAUAAAAUCGCCAUUAGAGACAAAUUGCACAAGAUCGAGAAGGACAACGAAGAGCUUAUACGCGACUUCAAGAAGGCCAAAAAGGAUUCUGCAUUGACGCCUCAGCAACAGCAAGAGGAAGACGAGCUCAAGGUGGCAUCCAUCCAGUCUAAAUUUAAGGAUGACUAUAACGAUAUUCUCCCUGCCGAUUUUCCUCUUGCGACUGCGACAGAGAACCCAUCGUCCGUCUACGAGUUGACGGCAGUCAUCACCCACCAAGGUAUUUCUGCCGAUCUGGGCCAUUACCAGGCCUUUGUUAAAGAUGAUAAGUCUUUGGAUGACGAUGUCUGGUGGAAGUUCAACGACAACAAGGUAAGCACCGUGAACAGAGAGAAGGUGGAGAUGCUUGCCGGAGGAGGAGAGUCGGACUCAGCAUUGAUUCUUAUAUAUAAAGCCAAGGGCUUGUAG